AUGUCGAUCAGCUCAGCGAAUGCAAAAGGUGAGAAAGCAGGAUGCCGAAUGGCAGUUGCCCUUCCACUGAAAAAUGAAUCGGGGACACGCGCAAAUUAUCGCGCCCUGGAGAUUCCAUGUGCAGUGUGCGGUGACCGUUCAUCUGGAAGACACUAUGGAAUUUACAGCUGCGAUGGAUGUUCCGGGUUUUUCAAGAGGAGCAUCCACAAAAACAGGACCUACACAUGCAAGAUUGUUGGGGCACUCCGAGGACAAUGUCCGAUUGAUCGAAUUAGGCGCAAUCGUUGCCGAGCUUGCAGGUUAAAAAAGUGCUUCCAGGCUCAAAUGAACAAAGAUAGUGUUCAACAUGAAAGAGGCCCAAGAAAACGAAGGCUCACUAGAAACGAAUCGCCUACAGCUGCCACACAUUCCAUGGAACUCACUGUACAUGACAGUGAAGUACUUGAUCUGAGUAUGUAUAAACGAGAAAAACGAGAGUAUUUAUCACCAAGGGACUUUACGUUUAACUGCAAGGAAGGUACGAAAGUUGGGCAUACGCAUGGAGAUUACAUAUGCUACCAAAAGCAUAGAAUGGAAAGCUCGAAAUCGACUUCAUUCAGGUGCUCUUCGACAGAGUUUCUGGGCCAACGCAUCAACGUGGCUGACAUGUUGGGGGAUACUCAGGAGCAAAGCUACUCAAACCACAAUUAUUCCUCAGACCACAGGAACCAUUCCACACCUCAACCAAAUGCUCUACAAGACUGGACAACCUAUCUUUGUCUGCAAGGAUUCCUCAACAGAGGUUUCGAAUUCAACGAUCAUUUUACUUUCAAGUGUGAACCUAGUCUCUAUCCUACAAAAACUGGAGUUUAUUCGUCUGAUGCGGAUAUUCUGCUCAAGGCGCUAUGCGAUAAAGCACCAUUAUGCACAAGAGGUAGGCGUUUUACUUCAAUUUUGGCCCAUUGCUAG